AUGGCGAAAUCGGAAUCCAAAUGCAGAUGUUGCUAUGUCGAAACCAUGUGUGGUCGUAGCUUGCGCGAUGGGGUCGUGUUUGUUGGAGUCAUAUCGCUAUGUACAUCAUUGAUAAUUCUGCUAUCUUCAACCACGUGUGUAAUCGUGAUAGCAAACACGCAAGAGCUGUUUAACAACCGACCAAUGAUUGCAAUGAAUCUCAUAUUCUCUCUAGUGGCCUCCUGUAUCUCCAGUUAUCAAAUCCUCAUAUCAGCUCUACUGCUUUGGCAAGCUUUGGGCAAAACGAAUCGCUAUCUUUGCUCACUGUGGUAUAUUUCCCAUAUAUCAAUAUUGGUGAUAUAUUUUAUUCUCUUCGGCUCAAGGGGAUAUGUUUGCAUAACUCAGAAUCACAAUCUGAUGGCUUUCAUUACAAUUUCCAUUGGAAUCUUAUAUGAAGGUGUGUUUAUAUACUUUGCAGUGGUAGUAAAUAGUUAUAUGCAUUCAAUAAAUGGAGUAAGAUAUUUAUAA